UUCUUCUCUCCCUCUUCUUCCCUUCUCUGCCACUCAAAUUGACCACAAGCAACCACCAAAGAAUUCAAACAUGAAUCACAGUGACCAUGUUCAUUUUGCCUAUUACUUUGCCAUCUCCCUACUCACCACGUUUCUUAUUGUUCUUGGUCUUGUUCUUCUUCUGAUCCUCCUCUGCAAGAAGAAACACACUACUGAUGAUCAAUCCGAAGAAGCGGUAAUCCCAGCUAGGAUUUGUCCCCGAGUGUACCCUUUAACCGAUAUUGAUGUCGCCACGGAUGGCUUCAACCGCAGAAGAAUCGUCGGCGAGGGCCGUUUGGGAACUGUGUAUGCUGCAAUAUUCGAAAAGGGGGAGAUAGCAGCCGUGAAGAGAAUUCAUCCGAGGCUUGUGUUGGGAAAUAUUGGUUUCGGGUUUUCAAGAACACUAAGCUGUCUCUCAUUGGCUCAACACCCUAAUAUAGUCCCCAUUGUUGGAUACUCAGAAGCACCAGGUGAGAGAGUCAUUGUCAUGGAAUUUGUAGGUAUGGUUUGUUUGGAUUUUUACUUGCAUCAAAACCCAGAUGGGGGUUCUCUGUUGGAUUGGAAACACAGGCUUAACAUUGCAGCAGGUGCAGCAACAGGGCUUCAGUACUUGCAUGAAGGAGUUGCUCCUAAUAUUGUUCAUGGAUGUGUGAAGGCUUCAAAUAUCUUGAUCGAUGUGAACUUCUAUGCUAGGGUUUGUGAUUAUGGUCUAUCAUUCUUGGCACCAAAAGAGAAGAGGGGUUUAGUUGGUUAUGUGGAUGAUGAGUAUUGGAGGGGAGGUGGUGUGUGCAAAGAGAGCGAUAUGUAUGGUUUUGGGGUGGUUCUGUUGGAACUUUUGAGUGGGAGACGAUGUGAAGAAGGGUUUCUUGUGAAAUGGGCAUUGCCAUUGAUCAAGGAGAUGAGGUUCAAUGAGUUUCUGGACCCAAGACUUGUUUUUCCUCGUGACAUUAUGCCUCUUGUUAGAAUGGCCAAAGUUGCUUCGACUUGUGUUAGUAAUUCCAGAAAGAGCAGACCUUCGAUUAGUCAGGUUGCAACUAUCCUCAACAAUUUGGAGAUAGAUUCAACGUGAAAAUUUGUGGAACAAGUCAUUUUGAUUGCUUAAUUUUACACUUCAUUGAGCUUUUGAUAUUUUUUUUGCACUUUUCCAGCUGCAUUAUUUGCCGGUUGUUCCACAUCAAAGUCAGUAUUAUCAUGAGCUUGCAUUAGGAAAAGGUUGCAAUCCUUGGUAUCUAAUUAGAAUUAGGUAGCUAUCUACUAGGUAUCGGAAUUUUGGGGUUUUUCUUUUGACUUGUACGCUAUUCUUUAAUUACGAAGAGUGUAAAUGCACAUAAUAUGGGUGAUAUGCAAUGGUUUUCACAUUUGGUUGGUGACUUG